AGCAGUAUUCUGAAGUUUCAAUCCAUUGGCUAGUUUCGAGAACCAGCUAGCUAGCCUCGCCAAGCAAGACGAUUCUACAGAUUUACCUCUGAUGCUUGAUUUCAGCAAGUUUAGCGUCUGUGAUUGUAGAUCAUUCUUAUCUUACCAGAUCAUCUAAUUAUUAUAAGACCGCGUCUGUACUGAAACUGUGAGCGAAAAUUUAGUUCUACCGUCCAACCGGGAAUACCAACUCGCGGCAACCAAGGUGAUUGCUAAGAAUCAGCUAGCUAGCCAGCCCUCUGAACGUCCACAAGCUUGCUAACGUCAGUCUAGUGGUCGAAAUUCGGCGAACGAUUAGUUCCUUUCGAGUUUGUUUGCAGACAUCGCGUUAAAACUAUGUUAGUUUAGUUUAUCACACAGCAUAUAUUACCGUCCGGUUCUAGUGUACGAUGGCAGCAAGCUGGCAGGACGCUGCUACUCAGCAGGCUGAGCAGUUGGCGGCCCGCUUGAAGGAGCUCCUGUCGUCUGGCCUAGGCUAUCUCAACUCAGAACUCGGUGUGGAUUUGGGUCUGAAGCCUGAUCUCUAUCCGCCAUGGGUUAUCCUCUCAACGGCAUGUAUGGGAUUAUUGGUGAUUGUGGUAGUUUGGGCCUUUGUUUGUCGUGGUCUAUUUAGGGGUAAAGGUAGGUCGAAAAGAACUGAGACCAUAGCGGAGACUGUGAAACCAACUGUAAAGACUCCCAAACCCGAAGAUCAGAAGAAGAAGAGCAAAAAGAAACCAUCUGAGAAGAAACCACAAGCAAACGGUCGCCCAGUUGUUGAACAAGAACCGGAAGUCAAAGUGACUGAAGAAAUUCCUGCUGUCCAGCAACCCACACCAGAGAACAAGACUGACAAGGCAAAGAACAAGAAGAAGAAGCCUAAACCUGCCACUGUUCCAGAGACCAAGGCUCCCGUUUCUCCUUCUGCCAAAGAGCCUGAACCAGAAGGGAACUGGGAGACCAAAGUCAGCAACCGUGAGAAGCGUCAGCAGAAACGGAAGGAGAAGGGCACAGGCGACGCCUCCCCCAGCCCCGGAGGAGCCGAGCCCCCCACCACCCCAUCCCCAGCCCCAGCCCCUGAGCCGGCCAAGCCCACCACCCAGAAGAAGAGCAAAGUGGUGGCUGUCCGUGCUAAACCUGAGAAAGCAGAGCCUGUGGCAACUCAAGUGACUGCCCACCGGGAGCAGACGCCAGCAGUGAACGGAGGCGAAUGGAACAGCGUUGGCGUGGCGAUCCCUCCUCAGAAGAAGGCUCCAAAGGCCGAGAACUGGACCGCCCUGCCCAAGAAACCCGUCCAGCCCAAUCCCGAGGUGUCCGUCUGGGGGCAGGAUGUCGACGGAUGGACUGUUGUGGACAGGGGAAUCCCAUCUGCAUUCCCUGGACUGGGCCACCCAGCAUCUGCCAUGGAGUCUCGGCCUGUGGUAGAGCCGCAGUGGUCCGACCCGCCUCCCGUGGAAGAUGAGUGGUCUGGACAGAAUGGUGUGGACCCGUCCUCUGAUUGGAACGCUCCGUCUGAAGCGUGGGAGAACUACGAGGAGCCAGAGACCCCCGCCCCUCCUCCAGAGAAGCCGGCCGCCACCCCACUGACCGACGCCACUGCUGAAGAUGCACAGGGCUCCGACGAUGACAAGGACAAAGCCGACCCCGGCGAGGGUGGGAAGAGCAAGAAGAAAAAGAAGAAGAAGAAGAAGAAGGCCGACGAGACUGAAGCAGCUGCUCAGGAGGAGGUGAAGGAGACCCCAGCGGAAGUAGCGCCCCCCCCUCCGCCCGCACAGGCUCCCACUAAAGCUGCUGCCAAGGCCCCGAAGAACGCCAAGCCUGCCAAGCCGUCCCCUGCACCUGCCCCCGCCGAGGCUGACCCUCCCCGAGCCGCUGUGCAGGAGAAGGCCGUCCAGAAGACCCCCUCCCAAGUGCCACAGGGGCCUGCCGACGCUAAAGCCGCUGGCAAGCAGCCCGCCAGCCCCGCUCCUGCCCAGGACAAACCCGAGACCAAGCCAGAGUCCCCAAAGCAGGUGAAGAAGAAGAAGGCCCGGAGGGAAACAUGAGCUGCAGACUGACAUCAAGAGUUUAUAUGCAACAUAUAAAAAAAAAGAGAGGAAGAAGUGGGGUGGGGGGGAAAAAAGAUUUUUAAGACCUGAAAGAUCAUGCAUAUGCAAUACUGAAGAGUGUACAGACUUUUGUAUGAAGUGACUACUUUUUUUAAAAGAAAAGACGUCAAUUGCUAGUCUCACCUUCUUUGACCUUUGUGUGAAUGAAUUAGAUGAUGCACUGUCCACUACGCGAUAUCUUCUAGUGGAUGUUCCAUGAGAUGAAUUUUGUCAUUAUGAUCAUUGUUUUGCUUUUUUUUGUUUUUGUUUUUUUAUUAUUAUUUGUGUUGAUUAUGAGUCCACUGAAAAGCGCUGACGUUUGGACUCGAGCUGUCUUUGCAGUGUUGAUGCGAGGCACGCGCCUGGUCCCGGCGUUGGCGCGUCCAGUGGCUUGUUAAAACUAGUAGCCUAUAGCACUGUGCUUCUGAUGCAGCUUCUCUCGCCCUCUGCUAAAGCUCUUCCCGGUAUCACAAGCGAGACUCCUCACUCCUCCCGAGCUGGAGGUUAGGCAUGUAUGCAGGCCUUUAUGGAAAGAGUCGUUUCAAACUAAAAGACUCUUCAGCUCCUGGCCAAUGCCCUGAGGGGGCAAAGUGGGCUCUUCUCAGCUAUCUGAUUACUACAGCGUCCUACAACACUUGAGUGUUUUCUGCUUUUUCGGGGGAGGGGUUGUGGUCAUCUUUUGCUUUAAUGAAUCACAUCUAGGUAUCUUAAAUGUUCUGAAACGUUGAUUGGUACAGUCAUGACACAUUGACACAUAUUUCUAACCUCUUCAGAUCAGAAUGCCAAGCCAUAUGUAAGAAAUAUAGUAAUAAUUCAUUCAAAUGGGCAGUUUUCUACUGUUCAAGACUGAGCUUUGAAAUGUGCUGUGUAUUACCUUUCCAACAUAUCUCUGUGUGUGUGUGUGUUUGCGUGCGUGUGUGCGUGUAUUCACGCACACAUCUUCUGCUGAUUAUCUGUGUGAAAUAGCUGGUAUCUUUCUGAGAAGUAAUCAUGUGGGAACGAAGAAGAGGAAUUUCAACCGCUUCAAACUGUUUUGAUCAGUACAGCAUCAGGAACAAAUUAUAAUGCCUUAUUAACUAAUAGUCUGUAGUUGGGAGAGAACAUGUCAGCUAUUUCAUGUGCUGUAUGUGAUGAAUGCAGGGCAGAGAGGAACAAUUGUUGUGGAUGGGGGGAUUGGUAGAGGUGUGAUGAGCAGAUGUUUUUGCGCUGUUGGGAGUUAAUAUUUGUCUUCAUAUGGCUACAACCUUGUAGUCUGUGAUGCCGGUUAAUUUUCUUCCAUGGUCUCCCUGCCUAUUUCAGGCUGUGCAGCUGAUGUUGCAGUGGCAGCACGUUUGCAUGGCACAGUUACUGCACCUGUGUCUUACUGCUAGUGUGAGCGCUAGUGUGUUGACACAGUGAUGGGAGAACUUUUAGGUUCCUUGAUAACCUGCCUUAUCUUACCCUCCCCCCCCCCCCCCCCCCAAAUCUUAUUACGUAUGUUAGUGUUAUUAUUUAUUUCUACCAAAUCACUAAAACAUAAUUUUUGAUCUUCUAAAAUAAGAAAAUUGUUACAAUUCUUAGUUAAUUUGUCAAAAUAAACUGUAAUUUGUA